AUGCCAAAGCGAAAGAGAACGACUAGGACGACGACGGCGACGACGAGCAACGCUCCUUCACUACUUCCACAGAAAAAACAUUACAGACAACGAGCUCAUGCGAAUCCAUUCUCUGAUCAUUCACUUGUAUAUCCAUCAUCACCCGACUCAAUCGAUUGGCCAUCUCACUAUCCAGCCUUUGUAAAUCAGAGACCAUCGUUCGCAGAUAUUGGUUGUGGCUUUGGUGGUCUCUUGAUCACACUCGCACCUCAAUUCCCCGAUACUCUCAUCAUAGGUCUUGAAAUUCGUGUACAGGUGACACAGUAUGUUCAAGAUCGUAUCACCGCACUGCGAGCAACCACAGACAAUUAUCAAAAUGUAUCAGUAAUCCGCGCAAACGCAAUGAAAUUCCUCCCCAACUUCUUUCAAAAAGCUUCCCUUACCGCCUUGUUCUUCCUAUUCCCCGAUCCACACUUCAAAACACGCAAACACAAGGCACGCAUCAUAUCACCCACCCUUCUUGCAGAAUACGCAUAUGUCCUCGCACCAGGUGGAAUAGUCUAUACCAUCACAGACGUCGAGGAUCUUGCACAGUGGAUGCGUGCGCAUCUAGACGCUCAUCCCCUCUUUCAGUUUGUCGAGGAGGAAGAACUAAGACAAGAGGGAAAGGGCCCAAUUUUGGAUGCAGUUUACAGUUCCACGGAAGAAGGACAAAAGGUCGAACGCAAUGCUGGUGAGAAAUGGCUCGCAUGCUUCAGACGCAUCGAGGUCAAAAGAAUCAAUGUAAAUCAAUAG